AUGCCGGUACCGCACCUACCUGCGCGCUCUCUGAGCUCUUCCAGCACCGCUCUCUCGUCGUCGAGCUCGUCUACUAGCAGCAGCAGAAGUUCCACUGGCUCAAGCUCUUCUGGAACCAGCUCUUCUAGCACUACUUCCAGCAGCUCGUCCUCCGGCUCGACAACACCCGGCUCGACUACCACCAGCACCACUUCUGGCAGCUCUUCCUCGGGUAGCACAUCCUCGGGCACGACCUCUUCUGGAACUUCGUCCAGUUCUUCCGGGACUACCUCCCCGUCCCCGUCCAGUAGCAGCAGCUCGUCCAGCUUCUCAUCCUCCAGCUCUUCCACCUCGUCUAGCUCCAGCAGCAACGGUACCUCUAUACUCACCCUGAAGAAGCGCUCCAUGCCUCUGAUGGCGCGCCAGAAUGGCGCCACCACCUAUGUCGGUACCACUGGACAGACCAACCCUACCAACUGCAACCAGGCUUCUAUCUUCAGAAUCGGCUCUUCUGGCACCUUAACUGUUGAUGGUGUUGCUCUCGGUGUCAACCCCGGUACUCCUUAUAUUGCUCUACGUGCUGGCAGCACCGGAUCGAUCACUGCUACCUUCACCAAUACCAAUGGCAACUUCGCAUGGACCAACGGAGCUUUCUUUAACAACCAGGCUGGUUUCUGCCAGGACAACAGCGGUCAAGUUUACGCCACUUUCCUGAACCCCGCCGUUGCUGGUAACGUCCCGGCUGGCUGCACUGCGAUCUCCUUGAGCGCCACUCCUCGCUCUUCCUGUUCGGCAAGCGGCACCACUACCAGUCUUCCCACAACCCUGCCUACUACUGCCGCCACCAACUCGGCAACCACCACUGCCAGCUCUGUCCCAAGCAUCUCUACCCUCAGCCCUGGAUCGACCGCCACCUCCAGCCCGACCACCACCGCUCCUACUGUUACCGGUGGCUCUACCAUCAUCAGCGGUGGCUCAACUUUCGUCACCGGUGGUUCCACUGUCGUCACUGGCGGUUCUACUAUCGUCAGCCCCACCACCGGCCCCGCUGGCGGCUCGACAACCGACAGUACCGCGGCUGCAGCCACCUCCAGCAUUGCUCCCAACCCCGCGACCGUUGGAGGCUUCUCUCUCUUGGGAUGCUUCGCCUCGUCCAGCAACUUUCCCACGUUCGUUCUGGCCUUGUCUGACCCGUUGUUGACCCUCGAGAAGUGUACCGCUGCCUGCCCCAUCAGCUCUAGACUGGCUGCCCUGUUUGGUACCGACUGCUACUGUGGUGACAUCAUUGACAACACUCUCACCGUCCUUGUUCCCGAGGACCAGUGCAAUACUGUCUGCCCUGGUAACCCUCUUCAGCGCUGCGGUGGUCGCGGUCCUGCCCUCCGCUUGGCCCGCCGCCAGAUCCCGACUGACGUCCGUCUUACCGUCUACGUACGUCUCGACGUCUCACCGCCGGUUGUUUCUACUGUUACCAGCAUCAGUGUAAGCACCGGCGCCGGUACCACCGCGUCUGUCACCGUCGUCAACACCGUCACCCAACCUGGCACCACCGUUACUGCGCCGCCAGUUCCUACCAGCACUGGCCCCAACAUUGCAGGCACCCUCACUCUGCCUCCCGGUCUGUACACGGCUGGCGCUGCCCUGCCUGGUGGUGAGGUUUGCUACGUCGUUACCCGAUCCUGGUUCAUCGGGCAGACGGCGCUGCUGCCUGCCUUGCCCACAGCUACCGUCUGA